GGAUGUUUUUGGGGAUGUUUUGGGUUAUUUCUGACCCCCCUUUCCCCCCUCUACCCUCAGGAGGAUUACACUACAGACGAGGAGGACGAGGGGGGCGCCGGGGGCAGCGCCGGGAUCCUGGACCUGCUCAAGGCCAGCCGGCAAGUGGGGGGCUCCGAGUACCCCCAGCUCAGCGAAGCACCCGCCUCCCCCAGCACACGCGAGGCCAUCCAGGGCAUGCUGUGCAUGGCCAACCUGCCCGCCGGGACUCCCCUGGGACCCCCCAACUGGUGGGGUGGAGGGGGUCCCCCCGAGCGGGCUGGGGGUCCUGGGGGGUCUGGGGGUCCCCGGCGAGCCCCCCCAGCCCCCCGGAGCACGGACAGCGAGGCUGAGGGCAGCCUGGACGAGCAGGACAGCCUGGGCGCCUGCUUCAAGGAUGCCGAGUACAUUUAUCCCUCGCUGGAGUCGGAUGAAGACGACCCCGCCCUAAAAUCCCUGCCAAAAAAGAAGAAGGUGACGGACGACGCUCCCUGGAGUCCCAAAGCGCGGGUGACGCCGUCGCUGCCCCGGCAGAGCCGCCCCGUGCGUGAGGGGACCCGCGUGGCCUCGGUGGAGACCGGGCUGGCGGCCGCUGCUGCCAAACUGGCCCAGCAGGAACACCGCAAGCUGCAGCGCCGGAAGGGCCCAGCCAAGCGUCGCCCUCCCUCGCCCCCCUCCCCUGAGGAAGAGGAGGACGAGGAAGAUGAAGAGGACGAGGAGGACGAAGAGCCCGACCCAGAGCCUGAGGGGGACCCUGAGGGGGACCCGGAACCAGAACCGGAGCUGGGUGGGGGAGAARCCGAGGCUGAGCCCCCUCCAGAGCCACCUCCAGAGCCGCCCUACCCCCCCAGCCUGGCUGACCACGAGUACACAGCACGGCCAGGGGGGCCGGGACCCCCAUCUGGGGCACAGCCGGGCCGGGCGCCCACCCCCAUGGCCCCGGGGGUCUUCCUGAGCCAGCGGCGACCCCCUCCGGGCACUGCCCCCCCCAGCCACGGGAAGCGCCCCCGGAAGGGUUUGGCCACAGCCAAGCAGCGCCUGGGYCGGAUCCUCAAAAUCCACCGCAACGGGAAACUGCUGCUCUGAGGGUGGGGCUGGGACACGCCCAGGGGUGUGGUCACCCAGACCACACCUUUUCCUGCAUGACCACGCCCACUGCACUGCGGGGAUAGGACGGUGUAGGGUGGGGCCUGGAUAUUGACCACGCCCAGCUCAGGCUCCGCCUACCUGCAGUGUGAAGAAUGAACUUUGGGUGGGGYUGCUGCAGAAGGGGUGGGGCCUGAGGGCCACACCCAUAAGCUAGAUUAAAUACCACGCCCACUAAAAGGGAGUGGCUUGUAUCAGGCUCCGCCCCUACAGGCGUGGCCCUGCCCUGGCGUGCCACACUCUGACCCUCCGAAAUGGGGGCGUGACCGACGAAAGCCACGCCCACAACACGAAUUCCCCACCGUGAGACCACGCCCCAACCACUGCCCAAACCACGCCCAUUCCCGUGUAGGACGAGCCGCGGCGUUGAGUGGGCGUGGUCAUGCAAAACCACGCCCACACGGUUGGCAGCUAAAGGGUGGGGCUGUGGCCAGGCCCCGCCCACUGCUGCUCCCUCCUUCCCAUUGGCUGUGACAGAGAUGAAGGGGUGGGGCGUUCUCCCUCAUUGGGCACCUCCAGGAGCUCAGGCGAUUGGACAGGCCCUGCCCCUGGCUUUAAGGGGGCGGAGCCAUCUCUGAUUGGUCCUUGCAGGGUUUUUUUGCCCCUCCCCCACGUGUCUUCAGGUUGAUUGAUGGGGGCGGGGCCGCUUCCCAUUGGCUGCCCCGGUUUUGUAGGCGUGUCCGGAGGCCGCGGCCCCGCCCCCCCUUUUGUAUUUGUAGAAUAAAAAGAA